CCUUCUAGCAGCGGUCGAGCUGCAGAGCUCCUCGCCAAAGAGCGUGGAACGGUGCCUGGGUUUAUCGGCUUUGGAACAUCUCAGAGUGAUCUAGGAUAUGUUCCUGCAGUCCAAGGAGCAGAAGAAAUAGACAGCCUUGUGGAUGCUGAUUUUCGAAUGGUGUUGAGAAAACUUUCUAAAAGGGAUGUCACAACAAAAUUAAAAGCUAUGCAAGAGUUUGGGACAAUGUGCAAAGAAAGAGAAGCAGAAGUUGUUAAAGGUGUUCUUCCUUACUGGCCAAGAAUUUAUUGUAAAAUCUCACUAGAUCAUGAUCGCCGUGUUCGAGAAGCAACUCAGCAGUCUUUCGAGCAACUGAUUCUUAAAGUAAAGAAACACUUAGCUCCUUACUUAAAAAAUAUAAUGGGAUACUGGCUGAUUGCUCAGUGUGACACUUACUCUCCAGCUGCUUCUGCUGCAAAAGUAGCUUUUGAAAAAGCUUUUCCUUCAAGCAAACAACCUGAAGCCUUAGUAUUCUGUAAAGAUGAAAUUCUUAAUGUGCUGCAAGAUCACCUUCUGAAAGAAACACCUGAUACACUCAGUGACCCUCAAACUGUACCAGAGGAAGAAAGGGAAGCCAAAUUUUUCCGGAUUCUGACUUGUUCCUUGUUAGCUUUAAAAAAGUUGCUUAGCAUGUUGCCAAAGAAAGAGAUGCAUUCACUGGAGGAAAAGUUAGUGUCCCUUCUGUCCCAAAACAAAUUUUGGAAAUACAGCAAACACAACAUACCACAGGUUCGCUCAGCUUUCUUUGAGCUGGCUUCUGCUUUUUGCCAGUACUUGCCUGAGCUGGUGAAAGCUGAAGCAUCAAGAAUUUGUCCUGCUGUUCUCCUCAGCAUUGAUGACAGCGAUGCAGCGGUGUGUCCUGCUCUCUGGGAAGCUGUUCUUUAUGCUAUUGCCACUAUUGAGGACUGUUGGAGUCAUGUAAAUGCCAGGAAGGGAGUUCUACCAAAGCUGUGGACCGUGCUUCGAGAAGGUGGCCGAGGACUGGCUACCGUCAUAUACCCAAAUCUCUUGCCAUUCAUUAGCAAAGUACCUCCUGGCAUUGCAGAACCAAAGCUGGAAUAUUUCAGAACUUUUUUCAGCUCUAUAAUUCAAGGGUUGUCGAGUGAGCGAGCGGUCACCAGCCCUUCGGAAAGUUCAGCGAUUGUAACUGCAUUUAUGGAAUGCCUGCGCUUUGCCCUCCUGCAGAAAAUAGAUGAAGAAGAUGAUCAAAGACAAGUUCAUCGAAUGCUUAUAUGCGACCAGCUAAUUCCUCUUACCGAUGCUGUACUUAAGGAGCCCAGGUUACAAAACGGACCGUUAUUUUAUCAAAUAGCAGAACUGCUGAGCUUCUGGGAAUCUAAAGCAGAACUCUCCAGUGGCGAUGGUGCAGAUGAAGUUUUCCAGAAACUGUUGUCGAAUUUUUGGGACCAUCUUUUAAAAACAUGUGUACUUCAUGUCGAUACACUGGAUGCUGAUGAGAAAUCUUUGUUUGCCAUAUCUGGUAUGCUAGAAAUUCUUCAGAAUCCCAAGAGAGCUACAAAACCGAACAACAGAAAAUCUCUGAAAAUCAGAUUUACAGAUGAGGAUGAAUCUGAAAAAACCGCAGAGAGUGGAAAGCUCACAGAAGUGAGAAACAGUGACUCUGAAAUACAGACUGACUUGCAGCGUAGUUCACCUCUAAGGAAAGAACCUUUAGAGAACUUUGUGUGCAGCCUUGCUGAACUGAGUAUUGUGUAUGUCAGUGAACAGAAGUCAGAAGAGCAUUUGAAAUUUCUUUCUGCCCUGCUCAACUCUUUUCCUUCAAACAAAAUUUUUCAAGUGCUCUUGGAGCAGGUUAAUGAUGCCAGCUCUCCUCAAGCUGAAUCCCAAAAUGAAAUGAAAGGUCAUCAUGGAAGUCCAUCUGUACAAUUUUUGUAUAUGAAUUUAAUAACUUGGCUGAAAGAAGACUGGAGGAAAGACACCCAUUUUCUGGUUGAUAUUUUGUACAGUGUUCUUAAUUGUUGCAACAGUAAUGAGGAACGUAAGAUCAUUCUCGAUGAUUUAACGAAGAUGGAUCUGAAAUGGAUUAUUUUUCUCCAGAUAAUUCAGAAGGCAUGCUCAAGCACAACAAGACUUUCCUUAAUCUCUGACUGGCUGAAAGGAGAAACACUUGGAGAAAGGCUUGUAAUGCUGGCAGAUGAUCUCUGUCACCUGGGUUUGGAACCUAUCGCAGCCUCAUCAGAAUCAUCCUCUUCAGAAAGAUGGACCCUCCUGAGCUUAGUGCUGUCUCAACACAUUAAAAAUGAAUCUUUAAUUGGUGAAACUUUUGUGGAAAGGAUUAUUGAUAAACUUCAAGCAGCUCUUUCUAAAGCCAAGGAUCUUUCUGAAGCUGGAAAUACUGAACCGUCAGUAUCUUUCAUCUGCGAUGUAGCCUCAAGCUUUUUCAGCUCAGUUAAAGGGUGUUUACUGAUGCCGUCCUCAGAAGACUUGCUGCUUACCAUCUUCCAGUUGUGUGCUCAGAGGCAGAAUGCUACGCAUUUAACAGUUGAUUUACUUGUAUGUAAGUUAAAACAUACUUGGAUGUCUGGUGUAAAUUCACUUGUGCGUCAGCUUCGCAGUAUGCAGAAACAGAGUAUCUUUUUGCACAAAUCUGCACUGUGGGUCAAGAAUCAAAUUCAGUCUUCGUCUUUGGAUGUUGAAAGCCUUCAGGUUUUGAUCUCUGCAGUUAGUGAUUUGUUGUCUAAGCUUAUGGAAGCUGAUGGACAGUCUGGGUACCUUGUGGGAUCGUAUGUGGAGCAUGUCACACCAGACAAAACUGAAUGGGGGAACUUGCAAGAGUCUCUAUCCACUGAGUGGAUGCACAAACCUCUUUUGGAAGGAAGGCUUAGUAUGAAUUGUGAACCUUUGGGAUCAUGUGUUAAGCUGUGUGGUACAACUAAACUCCCAGGCCAUCUGUGUACUUCAGCCUUACUGAGUAAAAUGGUGCUACUUGAAUUGGAAAAUGGUAUAGUCCAUGAAAAUGAUGAUGCAGAAAGAAAGAAAGUUGACAAUAUAAUUGCAGAAUUGUUGUACUCAUUACAAUGGAUCGAAGAAUUGGAGAAUCCUCCUUAUCUGCUCCUGGAAUAUCUUCAUAUGUUAGAAGAAAUGCACAUCACAUAUGAGAAAUUCAGCACGCUUAGUAGUACGACUACCCUUCAGCAAGCAAUAUUUGAUAGAUCGGAGGAACACGGAAGACUCUGGUCCUUAACCAUGGCAAAAGUGAUUCGUAUGGAAAACACCGUAUCCUGUGAGAUGAAACAACUUUUUAAGACUGCAGAAGGGUUUCUGCCACUAACAGAGGGCAGACUGCAUACGCUUCAGUGUCUGUCGCCUUUUUUAAUUGAGGAAGAAAAGAAAGAACUUGUUUUACACUGUGUGGCCAAACUUACGACAUGCACACAGGCAGAGCUUUCCAGCACUGCUGGAGCAUUUGGGUGUCUUUCCAUUUUGAACUCCUGCUUGAAAGACAGAAGUAUUGAUUGUGAUCAUCUACUACCUGGAAUACUAAAACUCAUAAUAACUUGGAAAAACGAUAAUGAGGACAGCUUUCUCUUUAGCUGCAAUCUGAAAGAAACAAGUCCUCAGCUGCUUGGUUUCAACAUAGAGAUGAUUCGUUACCUUCCCUUGCUGCUGAAGUAUUCCACAGCUCCUUUGGCCGACAACGAGUGGGACUUCAUCCUGUGCUCCAUGCUGGCUUGGUUAGAGACAACAAGUGAGAACCGUUCGCUUUACCAUGUGCCGCUUGUGCAGAUUUUUGCUUGUGUCAGUUGUGACUUAGCAUCAGCCCUUAGUGCUUACUUUGAAGCUGCAGCUCCCGGAACUACUGAAAACCUUCCUGUGAACUUGAUCAGUGAAUGGAAAGAAUUCUUUUCUGAAGGAAUUCACAAUUUGCUGUUACCUUUGUUGGUGAAAGUCACAGGAGAAACAGAAAAUGCAUCUGAAGGCUCCUUUCAGAACUCAGUGUUAACGUCUUUGGGUGAAGCUCUAACAUACAUCUCAAAGGAUCAGUUGUUAAACCAUAAAUUGCCAGCAAAGUUUGUUGCAGGCCAGAAAACAAACCUUCCCGAUAAACUCCAGACUGUACUAAAUACUCUAUCUCCAUUGUUGCUUUUCCGGGCUAGACCUGUGCAGAUUUCUGUCUACCACAUGUUGUAUAAAUUAAUGCCUGAAUUGCCUAAAUUUGAUGAUGAAGAUCUCAAGUCUUACGGUGAUGAAGAGGAAGAAUUGGCAUUAUCACCUCCAGCGGCGCUUAUGUCUGUCCUGGCCACACAAGAACUCUUGCUGGAGAACAUCCUGGAAUGCAUUCCCGUUGGAGAAUUCGCAGUUAUUCAGCCCCUGAGCGAUGAGUUCUGCCUUGUCCUGGGGUAUCUUCUCACUUGGAAGUUAACAUUAGCUUUCUUCAAAGCAGCUUCUUCUCAGCUGCGAGUUCUCUACUCACAAUACCUUAGAAGAACUAAAAGCUUGAAUAAAUUGCUUUAUCACUUGUUCAGGCUCAUGCCUGAAAACCCUGUCUUUUCUGGGCCAACCUCUGAAGUUCCAAAUAAGGAUACAAAAACUUUCUUCACUGAAGAGCUUCAUUUAGAUGUUAAAGGGGCGGGAGUCCUCUCAUCCCAGAUUCCGCACUUGGCCUGCUCCGUGUACCGUAUCACGCUGAAAGACUUGCCGGCCAUGGUCAGGCUUUGGUGGAACAGCUGCGAGAAACGAGUCUUCAGUGUUGUAGAUAAAUUUACAAGCAAGUACGUCAGCAGCGUGCUCUCUGCACAGGAAAUAUCUUCUGUUCAGACUAGCACCCAGUUAUUUAAUGGCAUGACGGUUAGUAAGACUUUUUGCU